CUUUUCCAGUUUAAUGCGUUUAUAUAUUUCAUUUUGAUAAACAGUAUUUAACGAACGAUGAGUUUAAGCAUUUUGGUGGUGACCAUCGAUUCUAAAUUAACUUAUAAUUUCAAACUGUUUGGCAACACUACACCAGAUACACAACGUACUUGUGAUAUUUGUAAAAGUAAAUAGAGAGGACAGAAAGGAAAAUUAUUCUAUUUGGAAAAUAUAUGAAUUUGCGAAAUAAAUUAGUCUUUUUGAUAUGUAAAUGUAAAAUUUUCAACGAUGCCUCAAAUUUAUAGUGCUACUCCUAUAUACCUGGAACAAACAAUUAAUGAUGAGUUCUAUUCUGAUAGAGAAAUAGAACAUAGUUCUAACUGUUUAGAACCUCCUCCCAAUUUUAAUUCAGAAGCAUCGAAAAACGAUGGUUGUUAUAGUCUCUUUGGAACUGUUAGUGAUGAAGAAGAUCGUUUAAUUUCAGGUUGUGACCCAAAUGUAAUCACAGAAAAUUGUUUUCAAGUAACUAAAAAUGAAAGUGAUAGUGGGUGUGGAAGUGGAAGCGAUGAAGAAGAUCGUUUAAAUUCAGGAUUAUCUUCUGUUAGCGAUGAUCAAGAUCGUUUAAAUUCAGGAUUAUCCUUUGUUAGCGAUGAUCAAGAUCGUUUAAAUUCAGGAUUAUCUUCUGUUAGCGAUGAAGAAGAUCGUCACAAUUUGGGAUUAACUUCCGUUGAAGGUGACUCAAAUAAUAUCACAGUACCAGUUACCCAGUUGAACACCACAGAUUCGUUUGAUUUUUGGAAUAAAACAAGUAGUAAUGUAAAUAACAUUAAGCAUCAAAAUAUUAAAAAAUCAGCAGACCGUAAUUCGGUUACUAAAUCAGUUAUAAAAAACAAGGAUCAUGAUGAGGGAGAUUUUCUUAAUUUGUUGCCAGGCGAUCUUAAUGUUAAAAAUUCAGAUCUUAAAAGGCAAGAUAUACAAACCCUAAAAAGUUUAGAUCAGAAAAAUGUAAAUUACAGUGAUUGUGAUUUGAGUUUUUAUGAUUUAUUUAAUGGCAUAAGCAGUAAACCUGACACUAAAAUGGUUAACUCAAUAAGCAUUCAAAAAGAUUUGUUAAAUGAAAAAACUUGUUGCAAUCCUUUUCCUGAUAAAUUUAUUAAUUCAUUGGAUAAUUUAUCACCUGAAAUCGAUAACACUUAUUCUGAUUUGUUCAGUUCACUAUCUUUAAGUAGCUGCGAAGAUGACUCGAGUAUUUUGAAUAAGGCAGAAAACAGUAACUCGGAUAAGUUAGAAAAUUUUUCAACGUGUAAUAAUUCACUUAUACCAUCUUGUGAAAAUGAUGAAACCCUAUCUGAUUUGUUAGCUUCUAUUUGUGUUGAAAGUACUAAUGUCGAUGAGAAAAAUAAUUCUUCAUUUUCUAACAAUGCUAAAUUAAUAGAUGCUAAAUCUAAUGAUAUUGAGGAUAAUAAAAUUUCUUUGGCAUCAUUGGCAGAAGAAUACUUAUCAUCUAAGGCUUCAAAUUGUUUUUUGCCUAUAUCUCAAAAAGAUGAAUAUAUAGAUUUAACUGAAAAUAUAUUAAACUCUGAGAAAAUUUCAUUGACUAAUCUAUGUCCUUCGGAUAAUGAAAAUACUCAAGAUUUGUUUGAUAUGUGUGAUUUGUUUGCAGCUGUUAAUGAGAAGCUCGAUGAUCCUGAUAAAAUAUAUUUCAAUGGUACAACUAAUGAUACUACCUUAAAGUCUGAAUUAAAUAAUUUAAGGUCACAGACUGAAUGCAACACAAAUGAAAACGAAGUUGCAUUAUUUGCUGAAAAAUACUUUCAUAAUGAUGAAUCUUCUGAAGAUGAAACUGAUGGAAGCAUAGAGAUUGAUUUGACUUCAUGCUUAAAAUCUGAUAAGCUUUCAAGUUCACCCCUGAAAAGUCUAAAUAUUACAAAAGAGGAAAUUAUUAUAGAUGCAAAUUCUGAUCUAUCUCCCUUACGUUCUUCUCCGCCCCUAUUAAUGCAAGAAACAAAUGAAAUAUAUUCGCCACUUCUGAAAAGUAAGAGAACUAAAUCUAAGCCAAGUUUAUUUUCAAAAGCUUUGUCUUGUAAACCGAAGAAAGACCAGCCUGCAGUUCUUAAAGUAUUAAGUAUACAGAAACAAAUUUGUGAACGCCUUUUCAACCCACCCCAACUAUCUGGUAUUAUUUUAAAGCCUAAAAAAUCAGCUAUUUGUCCAGCUGACGACUUCAUAUUUUCUACACUAGGCCGUCGUAUUUUUGAACAUGGAAAAUUUCAGGAAGUGAGAUAAAAAAAAUUGGUUGUGAAUUUAUUUCCUCUUAAAGUGGUUGUAUAUAAAUAAAAAUUUAUAAAUUUGAGGAGUAAUAAAUUGUGCACAAAUAGUUAUAUUAAAUUAUUAUUUAUAAUUUUAUUAUUUUUCUUUUCGAGUUAUUUUAAAGAGUA